CUUUACGCGACUUUCUCGCGUUCAGCGGACCCGCGUCAUCUCCCUUUCCAAUUUCGAGUUAAAGUUGGUUUUCUUAUCUUCCCAUCUCUCCUGGCCAACAAUUUUCUCCACAUCCUAAACAACUUUUGUAUUUCCCAACUUCGCAUUUCAUACAUAGCACCUACCUUGAGCAAAACCACAUAAUCAAGAUGGCGCGAUCAAGUCUCGGAAAGAGGACGAGGAGUACAAAGGAGACUGAAGUUGUAGACGUACCUGCAAAACGAACACGACACCAGACUCGUACUUCCUCAUCCAACGACGAAAACGUAGACCCCGAAGAUGUUACUACCACUACUACUACGGAAGACAAUCUCGAUGACCAAAUUAGCAUCCUAAAAGUCACGGAUAAUACACCCUCUCGACGCAUUCGCAGGAUCAAGAAAGAGGAAGAAGAAGAAUGUGCACCACCUACUCCGCGUACGCCGAGUACGCCUCGUUUCCGAGAUGCGCUUUCAAAAGUGCCCGUCACCCCACGUCAUCGGGUUAUGUCGGCCGGAAGGGUCUCGAAGCGCCUUUUCCCACAAACACCGCUUACGCCCACCGCCCUUCAGACUGUAUACCAUCACGCGCGUCAACUUUUCUCGCGAAGCGCAGACCCCGGCCAAUUGAUUGGACGUGACGAGGAACGCUCACAGCUAAAAGAAUUCCUACAGCGAUGCUCAAAGCCCAACCCUAACGGAUGCAUCUAUGUCAGCGGCCCACCAGGAACAGGGAAGAGUGCUAUGAUAAACGAAGUUACGCAAGAGCUGGUUGAGAAGAAGACCGUGAAGAAGGCUUACAUCAACUGCAUGAGCAUAAAAUCGUCCAAAGAUCUUUACGGCACUUUGAUAGACCAAAUAUGCGACGAGACAGAUAUUUCUGAAGGUGAUGCUGCCGCAACAAUUGAGAAGCUCUUUAUUCCGCGCAAGAAGACGAACGAUGUCUACUUGAUCGUCCUCGACGAAAUCGAUCACAUUCUCACUUUGGACUUGGAAAGUUUGUACCGAAUAUUCGAAUGGUCCAUGCAGAAAUCAUCACGCCUUGUUUUGAUCGGCAUUGCCAAUGCGCUGGACCUGACGGACCGAUUUCUACCACGCUUGAAAUCUAGAAACCUGAAGCCAGAGCUCCUACCAUUUUUACCCUAUUCCGCAGCCCAAAUUAAAUCUAUCAUCACCACCCGUCUCAAGAGCCUUGUGCCUGAGGGUAGCCCACUACCAUUCAUCCACCCAGCAGCAAUUGAACUUUGCUCCCGUAAAGUUUCGAGCCAGACAGGUGACCUACGCAAAGCCUUCGAGAUUUGUCGAAGAGCCCUCGACCUCGUGGAAGCCGAGACAAAGCAGAAACAUGAGGCGGAGAUCAAGGAAAAGCUGCUCCUCGCUACACCAUCCAAGAAACCUCUCGGGGAGAAUACAAAUCUGUCUUCAUCACCUAAACGAUCAUCAGAGAAAGCCCCUUCGGCUAUGCUGGCAGAGUCGUUAAGAAGGUUAACAAUAGAAACUGCACCCCGCGUGACCAUAGCGCAUCUCAACAAGGUUACGGCCGCCGCAUUCAGUAAUGGAACGAAUCAGCGAUUGAAGACAUUGAACCUGCAACAGAAGGCGGCAUUGUGCUCGCUCAUGGCCCUAGAAAAGCGAAAUAGAGCAUCUCGAACUUCAUCGGUCCCAACCACGCCGUCGAAGUCACAAACCAUCGCUCCCAGUAUCAAGCGAUUAUACGAGACUUACAACAUACUAUGUACCCGAGAAUCCGUGCUGCACCCGUUGUCUAGCUCGGAGUUCCGAGAAGUGAUCGGUAGUCUCGAGACGUUAUCUUUAGUCUCCGCCGUGGAUGGGAAGACAGGUUCACUCGCGAUGCUUCAGACACCAAGCAAAAGAGGGAAGAAGGGUGGAUUUGCGUCCGGUAUUGGAUUGGCGGAUGAAAAGAAGGUUGCGAGUUGCGUGGGAGAGAAAGAGUUAGAACAGGCCGUAGAGGGACUCGGCGUUGAUAUCCUGAAGAGCAUUCUUAGCGGCGAGGCGUUGGAUUAGAUUUUUAAAGGGACACGAUUUUGCAUAGGCAUGGCGUUGCAUUACAUGCAUUCACGGAAGCAUCACGCAGCAUACCCAGAGACUAUCCUCAGAUGAGGAUCCAUGAGAUAGUAAUGUAUUAAUUUUAACUCCAACACAUGCCAAUGACUGUUGCUCCUCGCAUUGUAUUCUUACUUUCUUUUUCUCUGUCGCCUCACUCAACUGCCUAUUUCCACACACCUUUUCCUCAAGCCUGGGCCCCUUAAUUAAAAGCAACCGCCAUAUUGCUGUUUCUUACCCGGGUAAUUAUUACUAUCUUGCUGAAUUUGUCGGAGGUUCUGAAUGCUAUGGUUUACUAUAAUUACGCAACCCGAUGAGAUAAAAACAGACCUCUAGGUACGA